AUUUUAUUAUAAAACAUUAUACAAACGUUGGGGCAUAUUUUCACAAUGUUAAGAUAAAUAAGUGCUUCAUUUUCCGGUCUACAAUGUAGAAACAUGCCUAAUCGUUUCUCAAACGAUGAAAUUUGAUAUCAAGCCUUAAACUAUUCUAUAAGAUGGGGAAUUAUCCGGACACCAAGCGAAAACUCGAAGACUCAAAUCUGGGUGAACAGCAAGAAGAGAGUGUAGUGGAACUGCCUAAAAAGAAGAAGCAACGAACAACGUCAGACUAUAUUUAUCACACACUUUUUGUCAAUGGGCAAGACAGCGAUAUUACACUCGUGGCACUCGAUAUUGAAUGGAAACUUCAUAAGCUAUACCUUUGUCAGUCCAAUUAUUUCAAGAGUAUGUUCACUGGAACAUGGAAGGAAUCACAAGAGAGUCUUAUCAAGCUAGAAAUUCCUGAUGAAAAUAUUGACGAGGAAGCAUUGCACAUUGCUUUUGGAUCAUUCUAUUGUGACGAAGUGGAAAUCUCAUCCCGUAAUGUGGUUGCAUUGAUGGCUGUCGCCUGUAUGUUUCAAUUGGACGGUUUACUGGCCAACUGUGCCGAAAUGAUGAUGGAAAAUCUGGAAAGUGAGACAGUAUGCCGAUAUUAUGCAGCUGCGACACAAUACGGUCAGCAGUCUGUUGAAACCAAAUGCCUUGAAUGGUUGGAAAGAAGACUUACAUCAAGUGCCUCCGUCGAAUUGCUCAAAAAUAUCGGCAUUGACCUGAUGGAAAAAUUGAUCAAAUCCCCAAACCUCUUUGUAAUGCAGAUAGAAGUGGAUACGUACAACCUGGCUAAGAUGUGGAUGUUCUUGAAACUGAAUACCUCGUGGAAAGGGAACAAAAAAGACUUGCUCUCGGAUUCGACGACCUACUUUCAGUUGCGGCCUGGUGACAGAGCGUUCCUGGAGACCGAAGAGGGAUCGAAGUAUACGUGUGUGUUUCAGGCGGUCAGACUGCAUCACGUGAUAUGUGACGUAAAAGCCGUCCGACAGCUUGAUCAGGACAAGAUUGUACCAAGUGAUUGGUUGUCAAGUCUUUAUAAACAACAAUGGGAAAGGAUGUUGUUAGCGUAUCAAGGAAUUGAUGUCGGUCCAAGUGAGGAUAUGCCCGAGGAAAAAUUUAAUUCACUCGCCUUCCGCUGUGGUAGGAUAUUAGAAGGAGAUAUGCAGUACUGUUGGCGUUGGACGGGCUUUACCUACGGUGUGGAUAUUAUCGUAACAUACGACAGUCGAAAGAAAUAUCUAAAUUUCAAACGUAACAUGUAUACCCAGCCAUGUUCCACGGCUAUAUGUAUGCAACUGAGACGAGAUAUUAUGUGUAAGGUGCAAGUUGCCGUUUUUGACACGGAGGGUCGCGAAAGGUUCUACAGAUGUUCCGGUCUUUUGCAUACUAGUCUCGGACCGGACGAAGAGUUGUGUGCGUUGCAUAUUAACGAGGAUAUCGACUAUCCGUUGCAUGUUAGUGCGCAUAUAGCCUUAUUGGGCAACGAUGGCGGGCAAUUGGAACAACUGGAAUAAAUAAUGAAUAUAGAAUUAUUGUGUACAGAAAAGGCCUUAAUGUUGGUGUAAUUCAUUUUCAUGCUAAGAAUUUAAAGUCAGAAGAGGGUGUCAAAUAAUGCGCAACGCGUAGCUACAAUCCUGGUCAAAACAUUGAAGACACUCAGUGUUAAUUGACACUACAGUCAGCAGUCGCGGGAUUUAUUUCAAAAUUAUCCCCCUUUCCCCACAAAUCAAUGUUGAGUGAUGUGUCAUAACUCAUUCAAGCAUUUAGCAUAGAUUCAACAUUGAUUGGGGUGAGGGCGAGGGGGAAAAUCGACAAUGUUGAUGUUUUGCGUUUAAAACUACAUAUCAUUCAGAGUGUAGUUGAUGGUUUUGGCCAGGAUUAAUAGCCGUUUGAGUUUUACUCAUAUUUGAAUAUAUUUCAAUAUUCUUACUUUGAUCAAAUGCAAGGUUUCAUAGGCCACCAAAGGCGGAUCCAGGGUAAGUCAGUAAACAAUAACUUAAUCGUUUCCGUGUUUGGAUGAUCCAGACACGUGGAUAUGUUGCGAGAGUUAAAAAAAGCUCGCUGGACACGAGCCGAAGGUACGCCGAUGGCGAGUGGUUUUGCGAGCUUUUCUAACUUAAACAGCAUUGCCAAGUGUUAGGAUCAAGCCAUCUAAACGCGAGAAACCAUUAAGUAAUUGUUUUAUAAAAUAACAACAACAAGGUAGUGUUCCAAGUUUUUUAUUUCCA